CUGCCCUCUAGUGUAAGUCCUCUGUGAUGUUCACUCUGGAUGGUGAGACAGUAAAAUUCAUCUUUAGAAGGCUGAUUCAGUUUGACAUCGGAGACCUGAGAAAAGCACCACGGGCGCAAGGAUAUAAUCUACAGAGCCUGGAUCUGUGGAGCGUUCCUGCCAUAAGAUAUUAAGAUGAGCACAGAGGCUGUUGAACAGACAGAAUCUCAGCAUGAACAAGCUGACAUUGAACAAAACAGCAUUGACUUCACCAGACAAAUUAAGACUGAGAACCUGAAUGAUUCACCUCAUUCUGGAUCGUCACAUAAGACAUGCCACUUGACUCAGGGAUCACCCGUGCCUGGUGGACAGCUUACUGGGGAGCUGCCCUCCCUGCACCCUCUGCCCCAGCUUGUCCUGAUGCCUGGAUCUCACCUGUCCUCUCCUUCAUCAUUUCUCCUCUCACAGGCCCAAUCAGGACACCAAGCACUGCUGCAGCCCAACCUGCUUUCCUUGCAAUCCCAGUCGCAGACAGGACUCCUACCACACCAGCCUGGUCUCGCACUCACUCCUCAGGCAAUGGGCAGGUCAGGUCUGGGCGGGUCCUCUAUGGAUGGACACCUGGACAUGUCUCACUUACAGGUGCCUAAACAUGUGGGAUCACCUCAAGAUGAACCCAAUGACCUGGAGGAACUCGAGCAGUUUGCUAAAGCCUUCAAACAGAGACGCAUCAAACUCGGCUUUACUCAGGGUGACGUGGGUCUGGCCAUGGGAAAGCUGUAUGGAAAUGACUUUAGUCAGACUACCAUCUCACGUUUUGAGGCUCUCAAUCUUAGCUUCAAAAACAUGUGCAAACUCAAGCCCUUGCUGGAGAAGUGGCUGAGUGAUGCAGAGAACUCGCCAUCUGACUCCAUGACCAACCCCACCACCUUACCACCCCUCAUGGAGGGUUAUGGAAGGAAGAGGAAAAAGAGAACAAGCAUUGAAACUAACAUCAAACUCACACUAGAGAAACGCUUCAUAGAUAACCCAAAACCCAACUCUGAAGAGAUCACACUUAUCUCUGAGCAGCUAUCCAUGGAGAAGGAAGUAGUACGGGUUUGGUUCUGCAACCGGCGGCAGAAAGAGAAAAGGAUAUACUGCCCCGUCUCCACUUCACCCAUUAAGUCUCACAACUACAACCCUCGUCUGCCUUCAACUUCUCGCUCGUUCAGUCCACUCGCCACUGGAGGUGUGUCAUCAAGCUCCUCCCCCAGCAGCCCCAGUCGAGGCUCCUCCCCCAGCACUCUGUCCACUACAUCCAGUCCACUGACCGCACAGGGGGUCAACCAGACGUUCAACACAGGAUCCUGGUAUCGCUGGAACACCACAUCAUAUCACCACUGAGCCCCUCUGAAGGCAACAGCUUUACUGCGUAACUCACCAAACGAGAGAGGAAUACUCAUUCUGUAAUGUUUACAACCAGCACUAAAUGAGGAGGCAGAACGCAGAGAACCACUGCUCUGCUUCUCAUGGUCUAAUGUUCAAAGGGCUUGUGAAUAGAGCUUCACCGCUAAUUACCGAAGGGAAAAAGCACUAAUAUGCAACGGCACAUUGUUUAGAUAUGCAGUCUUGCUACAAAUCUGUGCAUGAAACCUUAUUUUACUUUCUGUGCUAAAUCGCUGUGCCAAUUUGUUUGGAGAUGAAGGUUCAAAUCUGGCUUUAUGUGUAUUCGUAACGUUCAUGUAAAAAACUGCACGCAACCAAAUACAAAACCACUGAUUUUUGAAUAUCUUGUUUACAUACUGCUUUAUUAGAUUUUUUUUUCUCUGUUGCUUUAUAUUACGUAACAGGAUUCUUUUGUGAUGAAGUUUCAUAUGCUAGUGUCUCUUGAGCGUUAUUGGCCCUGCUCAAGGUCAAAACUGGAACAGCUGGCUCUGACUUGUGCAGUAAUGUUGAGACAACAUUUAGUGGAUCAGUCAACACAGUUUACAGUUCUCAAUAUAUUUCCAGCAUACACCUAGUUUUGUGUUUCUGUAAGGAUUUCUGGCAGGGAAAUUUUUUUAUAUGCCUGGCGUGGAAUACGUGCAUUUCACACUAUUUUUAUGCAACAUU